AUGAAAAAGCGGAACGGCCUCUCCUACUCCAAUCUCUUCAACCUCGAUUCCCUGGUGAAUUUUCAAGUCCCUCAACCAGAAGAUGAUUAUAAUAACUACGACAAUGGUAGUCAAGAUGAGAGCAGAAGUACCCUAGGUCAUGGAUUGGACCGUUCUAAUGGGGCUAUUGAUGGGUCUAAGCGGCGGAAGAAGCAUGCAGCUGAGCCCUCCUCUACGAGGAGAGAUUUCGACAGUAACGAUGAAGAUGAUGAAGACUAUGAUAAUCGAAUAACUGAAGAGCACUACCGAUCGAUGCUUAGCGAUCACGUUCAGAAGUACAGAAGGGUCCGGUUUAGGGAGUCUGCAUCAAACUCGGGUUCAAUCCGCAUGGCGGUCCCAUACCCUAAACGAAGUAAUGGUGCGAAGGCAACGAGGCUCAGAAACGAGCCUUUCAUUUCUGCGAAGGAGAGAUCACUACGUGAGAUGGAAGCCUCAGAAGACUAUAAUGAACGUGAAUUUGAUGCGGAGUACUAUGGUAUUAGUAGGUUUGCUUCGACCCUUGAUAAUGCUUACUUGGAUAUUGGGGAGGGAAUUUCAUAUCGGAUCCCUCCAACUUAUGAUAAGAUUGCUGCUUCCCUCAAGUUGCCAAGCUUUUCUGAUAUUCGUGUGGAGGAAUACUAUUUAAAGGGCACUUUAGACUUGCGGACUCUGGCGGAGAUUAUCACUUCUGAUCGAAGGUCUGAGGCUCAGAAUCGUGGUGGUUUAUGUGAACCUCAGCCCCAGUAUGAAUCACUUCAGGCCAGGUUGAAGGGUCUUUCAAAUCAGAAGUUCGCUCUGCAAAUUUGUGAUGUUGGUUUGGAUCCCUUUUCGAUUCCUGAGGGUGCAGCUGGGAGGAUAAGGAGGUCAAUUAUUUCUGAAAAUGGUACAUUGCAGGUCUAUUAUGUUAAAGUCUUGGAAAAGGGAGACACAUAUGAGAUCAUAGAGCGCAGCUUGCCAAAGAAACAAAUAGCAAAAAAGGACCCUGCAGUGAUUGAGAAAGAGGAGAUGGAGAAGAUUGGAAAAGUUUGGAUUAAUAUUGUGAGAAAGGAUAUUCCGAGACAUCACAGGAUAUUUACCAAUUUUCAUAGGAAACAGCUAGCAGAUGCGAAGAGGUGUUCAGAGACCUGUCAAAGAGAGGUAAAACUGAAAGUUAGCAGAUCACUUAAGUUGAUGAGGAGUGCUGCAAUACAUACCAGAAAGCUAGCAAGAGACAUGCUGAUAUUUUGGAAGAGAGUAGAUAAGGAACAGGCUGAACUCAGAAAGAAAGAAGAAAGGGAUGCAGCUGAAGCUUUGAAACGUGAGGAAGAGCUUCGUGAAGCAAAGAGGCAGCAGCAGAGGCUCAACUUCCUGUUAUCCCAAACUGAACUGUACAGUCAUUUCAUGCAGAACAAGCCGAAUUUGCAAUCUGCUGGAAAUAUAAUUUUGGCUGAUGGCAAUUUAGUUGGAUCAGAAGAAGGAUCAGCCCUUGCAGAUGUUGAACCUGAUGAAGAAGAAGAUCCUGAGGAAGCCGAACUAAAGCGGGAAGCUUUAAGAGCUGCACAACAUGCCGUGUCUGUGCAAAAGAAGAAAACAGAUGAAUUUGAUAGUGAAUGCUUGAAGCUGCGACAAGCUGCUGAAUCAGCUAUGCCAGUGGAUGAUUCAGCAACUGCAGGACCUACUAACAUUGACCUACUAAACCCUUCUACGAUGCCUGUAACAUCGUCUGUGCAGACGCCAGAGUUAUUUAAAGGAAGAUUAAAAGAAUAUCAAUUGAAGGGAUUGCAGUGGCUUGUUAAUUGCUAUGAACAGGGUUUAAAUGGUAUCCUUGCGGAUGAAAUGGGACUUGGAAAGACUAUCCAGGCUAUGGCAUUCUUGGCCCAUUUGGCUGAGGAGAAGAAUAUAUGGGGGCCUUUUCUAGUGGUUGCUCCUGCAUCUGUUCUGAACAACUGGGUAGAUGAAAUCAGUCGAUUCUGCCCUGAUCUGAAAGCACUUCCUUAUUGGGGUGGACUUCAAGAAAGGACGAUUCUCAGAAAAAAUAUCAAUCCAAAGCGACUCUAUAGAAGGGAGGCGGGAUUCCACAUACUUAUUACCAGCUACCAGUUGCUUGUAACAGAUGAAAAGUAUUUAAGGCGUGUAAAAUGGCAAUAUAUGGUAUUAGAUGAAGCCCAAGCUAUCAAAAGCUCAAACAGUAUUCGAUGGAAGACAUUGCUCAGCUUUAAUUGUAGGAAUCGCUUGCUUCUAACUGGGACACCAAUACAAAAUAAUAUGGCAGAGUUAUGGGCCCUUCUUCAUUUCAUCAUGCCCACUUUAUUUGACAGUCAUGAACAGUUCAAUGAGUGGUUUUCUAAGGGUAUUGAAAGUCAUGCAGAACAUGGAGGCACAUUGAAUGAGCAUCAGCUUAAUAGACUGCAUGCUGUGUUAAAGCCCUUUAUGUUACGGCGGGUCAAGAAAGAUGUGAUUUCGGAAAUGACCGGGAAGACGGAGGUGAUAGUGCACUGUAAAUUAAGUUCUCGUCAGCAACUUUUGUAUCAAGCUAUAAAAAAUAAGAUAUCACUUGCUGAGCUUCUUGAUUCCAGUCGUGGCCGUUGGAGUGAGAAGAAGUUACUCAACUUGAUGAAUAUUGUUAUCCAGUUACGAAAGGUGUGCAACCAUCCAGAGUUAUUUGAGCGCAAUGAGGGUAGCACGUAUUUUUACUUUGCAGAUGUCCGAUAUCCUCCACUUCCUUCAUUUGGGGAGCUAGAGGAUGUAUUUUAUGCAGGGGAGUCUAAUCCUAUAACAUAUAAGGUACCAAAGCUGGUGCAUCAAAAGGUCAUCCGUAACACAGAAUUGCCUUGUUCGGUUUCUGGCCGUGGACUCCAACGUGAAUGUUUUGAUAAACUUUUUAAUAUAUUUUCAACCGACAACAUUCAUCAGUCGGCAUUGGCUCAAUCUGGGUCAUUUGGUUUUACUCGUUUGAUGAAUUUAUCCCCUGGGGAGGCUUCAUUUUUGGCAAAUAGUUCUUUGCUCGAGAAGUUAUCAUUUUCUGUGAUGAGGUGGGAUAGACAAUUCAUUGAUGAGAUUUUAGACAUAUUUUUGGAAUCUGAAAGUGAUGAUUUUCUUCACCACAAUAACCUAAACGGAGGGAAGGUUCGGGCUGUUGCACGAAUGCUACUAUUGCCAACAAAAUUCGAGUCAAGCUUCUUCAGAGACAAGCUUGCGACUGGUCCGUGUGAUGCACCAUUCGAAGCAUUAGUUAGUUCUCAUCAGGAUAGGUUCAUAGCCAACACGAGGCUUCUGCGCGCGACCCAUGCCUUCAUUCCACGAGUUAGAGCUCCGCCGGUAAAUGCUCACUGUUCUGAUAGGAGCUUUGCUUAUCAAAGGGUUGAAGAACUACAGCAUCCCUUUACUAAAAAACUGCUGCUUGGAUUUUCUAGGACAUCCAAGUUUAAUGGUCCAAGAAAACCUGUUGGCAUUCAUCAUUUCAUACAAGAAGUGCACAGGGAUUUGCCUAUUCCCCAGCCCAUUCUGGAACUGCCAUAUAAGAUUUUCGGGUCUUCUCCGCCCAUGCAAAGUUUUGAUCUUGCUAGAAUGCUUACUGAUUCUGGGAAGCUUCAUACACUUGAUAUAUUGCUGAAACGUCUUCGGGCUGAAAAUCAUCGGGUACUUCUGUUUGUGCAGAUGACAAAAAUGAUGGAUAUCAUUGAGGACUACAUGAACUACAGGAAAUACAAAUACUUAAGGCUUGAUGGAUCAUCGUCUAUCAUGUCUCGUCGUGACAUGGUUAGAGACUUCCAGUGCCGGAACGACAUAUUUGUGUUCGUGCUGAGCACCAGAGCAGGAGGACUUGGUAUAAAUUUAACAGCUGCUGACACAGUUAUAUUUUACGAAAGCGAUUGGAAUCCAACCUUGGAUCUGCAGGCGAUGGAUAGAGCACAUCGAUUAGGUCAGACAAAAGAGGUCACUGUGUAUAGAUUAAUCUGCAAAGAAACAGUUGAAGAAAAGAUUCUGCAGAGGGCAAGCCAGAAAAACACUGUGCAACAGCUUGUCAUGACAGGCGGGCAUGUUCAGGGAGAUCUCUUGAAACCAGAGGAUGUUGUCUCUUUACUUCUCGAUGAUGCCCAAUUGGAGCAAAAUUUUAGGGAAGUUCCUUUGCAGGCUAAGGACCGUCAGAAGAAAAAACGACCAGUGAAGGGCAUAAGGGUUGAUGAAGAAGGAGAUGUGACAUUUGAAGACGUCAAUUCAGAGAGUGCAGACCAAGAGACCGGAGCCAACAAAAAGAGAAAAUCAAACUCCCAGAAGCAAGCUGCAAAGUCACGAAAUUCUCAAAAAGCAGACAAGGAUGCUGAUCUUUCUAUGGUGAUUGAUGAACCUAGCCCAUUUGGAUAUGAUGAGGAUCAAAUCACCCAACGAAGGCCGAAGAGACCCAAGAGGCCCACGAAGAGCAUUAAUGAGGACAUUGAGCCUGCACUUGGUUCUGGUUCUACAACACCUGCUGUAGAACCAGCUGACGAUUAUUCAUCUCCUCACGAUUACGGCACCCCUGAUCCUAUGGCUGGGACUCAGCGAAGCAUGAGAGCCUAUGCUCAUUCUCCAAUGACAUAGUAUCUCACUAUGGUGGCAAAUCAUAAACAUAAAAUAAUAUAACGGCCGUUUGUUAAUGCAUACGGACGACAGCGUGGGGUUUGGAAAAAACUAGAUAACGAAACCCUGCCGCAUCAGCAUUAUGGGCUUUGAAGAAGCUGGAUGCUAAGCUGCAUGGAUGUUGGUGAUGGAGAAAGCCAUUAGCACCGUCUUGUGUGGUGGUCUGCGGACCUGCCAAGUAGCAUAAUCAAUCAAAGAAUAUAUACGGUUGAUAUGUUUCGAAUUCAUGUAUGCUUGAAUGGAAAGAUCUCACAUGUAAUUUUAGCAAUAUUCUAACAAUUUUUUUUUAACACUAUAAGAGAAGGUUACUCUAGCUCUUCCUGUACUGGAGGCUAUUGGUGUAUUGGGAUGGCGAAAUGGCCGAGGCCUUUUCUGUAAAUCAGCACUUCGCCGUGCUUAUAGUAUAUUGGGAAAAUCAGGAAGCUUAGCUAAUGUAAAGGCGACUUUAGCUCUCUAUGAUUUUGAUGUGCAGUUUUUCUCAGUAAUAGCUGAUGGUGACUAGAAUGUUUUUUUACUCAUUAA